CCAAGGGCUUGCUUUUUUCUGCUAACUUUGAAUCAUGCACAAGUUAGCUGCUGCAGAAAUUAUCAGAGUUUGAUUGAAAUCGAUAAUGGCCUACUACAGCUCCAGCUAUUUCGAGGAUCAUGAUCUUGUUGAUCAGUACGAUCAAAACCCUUAUGGUGGCAGCUAUGAUUCAGCUCCAGCUCCAGCUCAUGUCUCAAUGCCUUAUUCUAGCUAUGACUCCAACAUCCACCAAUUCUUUGAGUAUAACGCAGUCCCUUACUAUGGUUCUUACAGUCCACAGAGUUAUUCAUCAAUGGCGUACUCCUCCUACACUUUCAGCCAGCCAAGGUUUCUGGAGUUCACCCAGAAUCCUGCUGCGACUCAAUUUCUGAUAUCUUACUCUACUGUGGAGUCUUAUGUGCCUGAAUUUGAAGAUUAUGAUCCAACCCCUUAUGGCGGUGGCUAUGAUCCUGCUCAAACCUAUGGCAAGCCCCUUCCACCUUCAGAUGAAAUCUGCUAUCCUCGAUCUACGCCGGCGGAUCCAAAUGCUCUCGGGUCUCUCGCAUUGCCUAGUGGGAAAGAGGAAACUGAUGUUGGAAAAGCAGCAAAACCCAGCAAUGGAAUUAGUGAAGAAGAGCAGCAACAGCAAGUAGGCCAUGAGAGCUACAAAGAGGAGCCGGAGCCGGAGCCGGAGCCUUAUGAAUAUGACAAGCCGGUGCCCUAUCCUCCAAGCGGGUAUGGGUUGGAAGCCAUGGACCUUUGUGAAAGCUUAUUUGGGUAUUGGCCUUGCUUGUCUCGGGAGAAAAGGAGAUGCAGUGAUGGCCAAGAAUGUUGUGAUGAUGAAGGAAGAAGCAGCAGCAGCACUGCAGAUUAUCUCUUUGGAAGUUCAUAUCCCUAUGGUGAUCCAAAUUAUGGACCCCUUUACAGGCAGGUUGAAUAUGAAUGAGGAUUAAUUAAUAUUCAUGCUAGAUUUGCAAAUUUUAAGGAACAUUUGGGGGUCGCUUGUAUUUAUUUUAUCUUUUCAAAUAAUUCUGAGAUUCUAAUUUGUAAACUCAUAAGUAUGUUUAGUUCUUGAUGAAACCUCAAUAAGCCUCAUUAUUUUGCCUCACAAAUUCA